AUGGCGGACCUCGAUUUACAAAACUUUCAGAUAGAAUACAUCAAUCCAACUUUUUAUAAUGCCGUGAAUAUAUCAAUUAAAAGACAAGGUCGCAACAAACCGUACUUCUUCAGCGCAUAUUUAGACUAUAAACAAUACGUUGGUGACAAUCUCACGAUGAAGGCGAAUGUAUAUGAAGUUAUUGGCGGACGUAAUAUUCUGACGCCUCUCCGAUUUGAGUAUACUCUAUGCUACUUUUUAACACAUGAUUCGUUUGCUGGCAAAAUGUUUGGAGAGCAUUUACCAUCUAAUGUGACAUGUCCAUUCGCUCCGGGUAUUGUCGAAAUAAAACAAGUAAUGCUCCAUACUGAAAAUCUACCUUCCGUAACAACCCAAAUAUUUACUUAUUCGUCUCUUAGUGUCAAAAUAUGUAUUGAAGUAGAAUGUCUGUACGUUAACGAACGAAUACUUUUAGCGAAAACUUAUAUGAAUGUUAAAAUGAAACUUAAUAAUAGACACAUAAAUAAUAAAAUGCAAUAA